AUGAUUCAAGAAAUCGUGAGUGGUCCCGAGCAAUACGGCGGUCAUACGAAUCGAUAUAGUGGGGAGACUGCGAACGAGAGCGGCGACCUGGGGACCUGCGCCGUUCUUCCCAACGGGUUCUAUCUCCACGGGACGAGCGACCGGAAUGGUGCAAUUUCCCAUCACCGUGGCGUCGAGUCUCUGGAUCGCGGCGCUCGCGUGAGGAGCGCGAACGGGACCGUCGACUUGGGGAUCUGCGCCGAUCUCUUCGAUCUGCCCGACGUGGCGAGCGGAAUCUAUCUUCACUGGCCGAGCGACUGGAGUGAUGAGGUUUCUGACCAUCGUGGUGUCGAGGCUCCUGGGCGCGACGUUCGAUUGAGGAGGGAACAGGAGGAGCUUUGA